AGCCGCAGGGAACGGUGCUCAAGAGAACAGGCGGCACUGAGACCAUGGACUCAGGCUCUGUGGCAGCGCUGGGGCAGCUGCUGCUGACAUUCACCCUUCUGGCGGGGUGGCGAGGAGCGCGGGAGGCCUCGGCCGGCAGUCCGCGUUGUACCUACGCUUUGGUGGUCCCGCCGGGGUCAGGGACGGGGGCCUCCUGCUGGAUCGGCUCCCCCCACCUGGCCCCGGUGGGGCUGAAUGCCAGCGAGCUGCAGGGGCUGCGGGCCCUGCGGGCCGAGGUGGGGCGGCAGCAGGCGCAGAUCGAGGAGCUGCAGUGGCGGGCCGGGACCGGGAAGGGGCCCGGGCCAGGGAGCUGGGCCCAGAGGGUGGCUGCUCAGUACCGCCAGCUGGAGAGCCGCUACCAGGCCCUGGCUGGGCUGGUCAAGCAGCAGAGUGUGGCCAUCGCCCGGCUGGAAUGGAGGUGCCAGGGAGCAGAGGGCCGGAGGAACCAGGAACAGGGCCUGCCCAUUGCGCCUGUGGUGCCAGGGGUGCCCAGUAGCCCAGCAGCUGGCUCCCUUGAGGGCCAAGGAGAGCAGGGCACUGCUGGUGAACCUCAGCAGGAUCAGAAUGAAAGACGUGAUGGAUCUUUGGCCUCCACUCCACUCUCUCCUACGCCUCCCCCUGGGGCCCCCACCAAGGAGUCCGGCCCGCGGCGGGACUGUCUGGAGGUUCAGCAGAGUGGUCAGGAGUCCAGCGGUGUGUAUGUGGUCCAUCCUCACCCCGGACAUCGUCCAGUUCCAGUCUGGUGUGACCAGCAGCACGAAGGUGGUGGUUGGACCCUGAUCCAGCGGCGGCAGGACGGCUCAGUCAAUUUCUUCACCACCUGGCAGGAGUAUAAGCAUGGUUUUGGCAGCCCAGAAGGGGAGCACUGGCUGGGGCUGGAGACCCUGCACCAGCUGACCAAACGGGGAGACCACGAGCUGCUGGUGCUACUGGAGGACUGGCAGGGCCGGUGGGCCCAUGCCCGCUACAGCGGCUUCUCCGUGGAGCCUGAGAGCGACCACUACCGCCUACGGCUGGGGCGGUAUCACGGCAAUGCCGGCGACUCGCUCUCUUGGCACAGCGACAAGCAGUUCACCACCCAGGACCGGGACCACGAUGCCUAUGCUGGGAACUGUGCCCACUACCAUAAGGGAGGCUGGUGGUACCAUACGUGCGCCCACUCCAACCUCAAUGGCAUUUGGUACCGGGGCGGCCACUACCGCAGCCGCUUCCAGGAUGGCGUCUAUUGGGCCGCGUUCCGUGGCGGGGCUUAUUCGCUGAAGCGGGUGGCCAUGAUGGUGAGGCCUAGCUGA